CGCCACAUCAGAUUUCACUACGAGCUUUUUUUUUAGCGCAGGAGGCGUUUGGGAAUCUGUAAAUCACGUGAGAGUGACCGUUCACACCGGUUGACAGAUGAUGCAAUCCCAUAAGACAUUGCGUGGAGCCGAUCGCUAUGAUGCAACCUGCGAUAUGAACACAGAAGAGUGGAGUUUGAGAAGACAAAUGUGGAGGUUUAAAGUGUUUUCAGUCAUUUCUUCUAAAGCAGGGAACUUAAUCACUCGCACGUCCGGGGGCCUCGUGGUGACGUGACGCCAAAUGUCUUGCAGCAAGCCGUGAAAACGUGCGCGUCGUCCAGCGUGGGACCUUCAAAUCCCCCAGAGAGGAGCGAUGCGAGGGGGGACGUGUCUGCGGCCAUGUCAGCUCCCAUUCAGAGCUCUGCGCUAUUAUUGUCCCAGGAAACGGGUCAUUGCAGCGGGACAUCUCCUGGACUGGGCCCCGGUGCCGCGCGCAAAGGCAGGGAGAGGGGAUCACAUGGCACAGAGUCACAGGAGUGAACCGUGACCCUCGUUUAUAGUAAUUUGUAAAGGUUGGAACUCAUCACAACUCUGACGUGCACGGAUUGUUCCAAGAGCCGCCUGUCCGCGCGCUCAGCGUGGCCACGCACGCUCUCUGUGCCGAAGCGUGGGCGUGCGUAAUUUUCGCUCAUUAUUAGUUUCCCCCCCUAAAGUUGUGUAAGAAGUUCUGGGGGAGGGCAGUCAAUGAAAAGAACAAACACAACAGAAACACACUCAUGAAUGGACAACGUUGUUUUCAAAUGAGAUGAGCUGGUUUGUGUCAGAGCAGAAAACAAAUCGAUUCAAUCAGCUCCACAGUGACUCAGGGAGAAAUGAUUCUUUAUUGAACUCAUGAAAACAAACUGUGUGUGUGUGUGUGUGUGUGUAAUGUUCAGAUGUGGGGGUGCAGCCUGGUGUCGCACCCGGGUGAGAAGGGGGGGGUCCUCGGUUGCAACAUCAAACACCGGUGUCGUCAUUUGCCAGCGAUACGUGCAGGACACUGCCUGUUCCAAAAUCAAUAUUGACGUGGUUGUUGUAUUCAAAUGAACUGGAUGACCGGACACAGGCGGGCCAAUCACAGCCCAUCGUAUCAUUACACCUUCUUUUCAGAAAUCAUUCAUAACGCCGAUGCGUCAAACACUCACAGAGGAGCCGGCUAUAAAUACGGCUGCGCGCAAGGCACAGUUAGACAUUUUCCCAAAAUCAAACGAAAGACACAACUGAGCAAGAACCGUGGGAAUCCGGCUUUUUCUCAUUCUUUGAAUAUUCUCUCCAUCUUGCUCCACAUUUUUAUUUUCUAUAUUUAGUAUCCAGCUCACUAUGUUGGCCACGGGUGGAUUACAUUUGCAGCACGUCGUGGUGGCGGCGCUGUGCUCCGUGCUGGCCACGGGGACGCUGGGGUCCCCGGUGCUGGGGCCAGAGCCGAUCCGAUGCGCCCCGUGCACUCCGGAGAAGCUGAGCCAGUGUCCGGCGGUGGCGCCCGGAUGCACCGAGGUGCUGCGGGAGCCCGGCUGCGGAUGCUGCCUCGCCUGCGCCCUGAAGGCUGCGGACCUGUGCGGGAUCUACACGGCGCCGUGCGGCUCCGGACUGAGGUGCACCCCGAGACCCGGCGACCCGCGGCCGCUGCACUCCCUCACCCGGGGACAAGCCGUGUGCACGGAGAGCACGGAGCCCCGGACGACCCCCGAGCCCCAGACUCAAGAUCAGACAGAGCCAGAGGCGGAGAUGGAGAACACAGCCAUGGUCUCGGACCCCGGCUCCAGCCUCUACCUCCCCGGCCACAGUAAGCCCUACGACCCGAGGGUUGCAACUGACGCGCAGGAGAGCAUGAAAGCCAAACUCGUCGCCAUCCGCAGGAAACUGGUGGAGCAGCAAGGGCCCUGUCACCUGGAGCUGCAGAGGGCCCUGGACAAGAUUGCCAAGUCCCAGCAGAAACUAGGAGACAAGUUAACCAGGUUCUACAUCCCGAACUGUGAGAAGCGCGGCCUCUACAAACCCAAACAGUGUGAAUCAUCCCUGGACGGACAGAGGGGUCGAUGCUGGUGUGUGAACUCCUGGAACGGCAAGAAGAUUUUAGGUUCGACCGAUCUGUCCGCAGAAGCAGAGUGUCCCUGAACGGGGUCGACCACUGAUGCAUCACAAGAGAGGAAGAAGAAGAAGAAGAAGAAGAAGCCACUGAUUAUUUCCCUUUUUGAUAUUUGUUUAUUUAUUGAUCUUGUCCAUGGUGGUGUUUAAUUCAGGUACACUGUCAUUGCGGGGCUGUGCGUCCCCCCCCCCCUACCCCCCCACCCUCAAACACCCGUCCCAAAGAGAAAAAAAAAUCUAUUUUUGUUUUUCUGAAAAGGAGAUUUUAAUAUUUGCAUUUACUCUUCAGCCUUAUUUAUUUCGACGUUACUACAUUUUAUUUGUUAUUUGUAAUUAUUUCGUGAGUAUUUAUAUAAUUGCUUUGUUAUUAUUAUUAUAUUAUUAUUAUUAUUAUUUUUGUGAGUGUAUAUAAAGUACAUAUAUGUAUCUUGGCCCUGAGUAUCUCCACUGCUGAGUUGAGCUCGCUCUACCCUUAAGGAGUUUUCUGGAGGUUUGGUUUGAGACGAACCAAGAACAAAAGCACUGAGUGACCAAAUGUCAUUUAGAAGUUAUUCUAAAUGACUUUUCUUUUUUUUUUUGCAUUGAUGCCAUUUUUAUGUUAUUUUAUUUUCCACUGUCACACAUGAUCAGCUAUUGUCAGUGAAUGCAUAACUCUAACACGGUCUCAGAAGACAUUUCCCAUGGUUCCAUGGGGCUGCAGAUAGCAUGACAGGAGGUGCCUCCCUGCACUGCCUCUCAGACGGGUAUUUCUUACAUUUACCUACCUCCGAUAUUUAUGUGUCUGCUGUCACUUGUGUUGACGUGUCUGUCGACAAAAGACGUGUCAUUUUACUUUAUGCGUUGUUGUUCUCUCUGACCAAGAACACAUGACCACAAAGAGCGCGUCCCGCUGUGGCGUGCUCCGCUCUGUCUACAUGCUGCUGUUGGAGAGAGAAUUGUUGUUGAUGUGAGUCGACUCCAAAGUGACUAACUGCUCACUCGUGUGUAUGUACACUUUUGUAAUUGAGAUGUAAUGUAAGAGAAAAAAAAA